AACACCAUCACCACCAAAACUCUCACACUCUUAACUAAACAUGGCUUCUACUCUCUCUCUCAUCCUCCUCACUCUCACUCCCUUCCUCCUCCUCUCCCACCAAACCCUAGCUGAUGAUCAAGAGGCCCCGGCCCCGUCCUCCGGCCCGGUCAACCUCACCGCAAUCCUAGUCAAAGGCGGUCAAUACACCACCUUACUCCGCCUCCUCUCCGAGACACAAGUGGACAACCAAAUUGAGAACCAGCUCAACAGCUCAAAGGAAGGAAUGACCGUUUUCGCCCCGACUGACAACGCCUUCAACAACCUCAAGGCCGGCACUCUCAACGGCCUCUCGAGGGAGGACCAAGUUCAGCUCAUCCUCUACCAUGUCCUCCCCAAAUACUAUUCCCUAGAAAAUCUCCAAACCGUCUCCAACCCGGUCCGAACCCAAUCCUCCAACGACGGGCUCAACUUCACCGGCCAAGGCCACCAAGUCAACGUCUCCACCGGCAUUGUCGAAACUCAGGUCAACAAUGCCUUGAGGGAGGAGUUCCCCUUGGCCGUCUACCAAGUCGACGCCGUUUUGUUGCCCGAGGGGCUCUUCGGGGCCAAGGCCCCGGCCUCUGCUCCUCCUCCAGCGAAGAGCACCCCCGCCGACAGCGCCUCCGACAAGGCAAAGACUAAGGCGGCGGCACCGUCGGCCAAGGAUAGCACCGGAGAUUCGAAUAAGAGAAAUGUAGGGUUGGGAUUGGUUGCCGGGCUUGUUUUGGUUUGCAUGGAGGUUCUCUCGUGAGGAGAGAGUUGAAGAUGAGGGGUUUUGAGCCUUUCGUUUGUGGUGGUUUUUUCGGCAUAUAUUUGUAUCUAAAAUUCGUUGUUGUUUUUGUAUUCUUUUCCCGUCUUGUACUAAUUUGUUCCUUCUUUCUCUUCGAAUCAGAUUGUUAUUUUUUUUCAA